GCAGAUCUGUAAGUCUUUAUAAAGUAGCCCAAGGGUACAUAACAUGUAGCAUAGCAAUGCAUGAGGUACAUAUGUACAAUUAACUACAAUCACUAAUGUUCUGAGCACUCAUGAUCCAAAAGAAGCACAUUCCUUUAGCGGAUACUCUGCAUAUAUUAAUGAGAAUAUUAUAAUAGCCUGUUUUUCAGAUAUUUAUUUGGCCUGUAAUGUAUAUAUAGUCCACAGUUCAUUGAAAAAUAUCCCCUAUGGCAUUACUGCAGUGUAGCUGAAAGUACUCUGUUAAUGAUUGCUCAUUAUAAAUUAUCUAUCAGACUUGGCUACCCUUAGUACAGGUAUGGGACCUUUUAUCCAGAAUGCUUGGGACCUGGGUUUUUCUAGAUAAGGGGUAAUUUGGAUUUCCAUACUUUGAGUUUGCUAAACAAUUAUUUGUUAAUGUUGAUUACAUUGCAGAACAAAGAAUGUAUAGUAUUUGUAUUUAUGCUCCUGUUUUAAAUGACUGUCUGUCCCAUUGUUAAUUAUUCCAGUACAUAUAUUUUUUGGCAGCUAGUGUUUGGUUUGCAGCCAAAUCCAACAGGUAGUCAGGUAAACCAUUAUGCAAUGUGUUGCUCCCUUUUGAUGACCUAAUAAAUGCAUAAUGCUUGUAAUAAAAGGUGUGUUGCUGAGACAUUCUCUAUAAACAAGAAAACUAAACUACAAGAUCUCAAAGGGAAGCUACCAAAGAUCAAUUCACUUCUGCUACCUCUUCUGCCUGCUCUGUCUCAUGGGAGAAGCAAAUCAAGAUGGCCACAGGGCAUUGCUCAAUGAAGAAAUGGAAAAUGAAAUGGAAAUAUUUGGAUACAGGACUAUUCUAUGGCGUAAAGGACUUUGCAUUAUGGGAUACAUCUUUUCCCUUGGAUUAUUAUGGCUUCUAUUUUACUGGAAGCCAGAAUGGGAGGUCUGGGCAUACUGUGAACCCUGCUUACUGGAAAAUGCAAAUGCUUUUUUGCUGAGGUCAACGGAUGAAUUUAAGCAAUGCUCAAGAAAGAAUCUUUUAUGGACUCAUCUUUCAGAACCAGAUUCAAUGCUGACUGGGACAUCAGACAAUAUCAACAUGAAAGAUGAACAUUCCAUCAUCAAUAGAUCAAUUAUGAUGCCAGAACAUAAAGUUAGAUACAUUCGAGUCCAGAAGAUAAAGUAUGUCUGGCUACUUUCAGAAAAAAAGUUCCAAAAAGCUGGAGCACUUGAGGAUCUCUAUUCAUGUUCACAGAUACAUUCAAGGUUUGGGUCUGGACUUACACAAGAAGAACAAACAUUAAGAAGGCAAAUUUGCGGACAAAAUGCAAUUGAAGUUGAAGUUGUUCCAGUUUGGAAAUUACUUUUUAAAGAGGUUUUAAAUCCAUUUUACCUUUUUCAAAUUGCCAGUCUUGGCUUAUGGCUGUCUGAAGGAUACAUUGAAUAUUCUAUUGUUAUCAUUAUUAUAACCCUGAUUUCUGUCAUGCUUACUGUAUAUGACCUUAGACAGCAAUCGGUAAAGCUUAACAAACUGGUUGAAUCCAAUAACAGUGCCAGCGUCACAGUCCUAAUGAAGAAUGGAGACAGUUUUGAUGUGGAAUCCCGGCAGUUAGUCCCUGGAGAUAUAAUCGUCCUCACAGGAAAGAGAUUUUUCCUCCCUUGCGACUGCAUCCUGCUGAAAGGCAGCUGUAUUGUAAACGAAGGAAUGCUUACAGGAGAAAGCAUUCCUGUCACAAAAACUCCCCUAGACUGUGCUGAGAGCUCCAAACCAUGGAAAAUCCACAGCGGGGAAGAUUACAAAAGACAUGUGCUGUUCUGUGGGACUGAAGUUAUUCAGGCAACAUCAGCUGGAUCUGCCCCUGUCACUGCUUUGGUGAUGCAAACAGGUUUUAACACAGCUAAAGGAGAUAUGGUGAGGUCAAUCCUAUAUCCGAAACCCAUGAACUUCAAGUUGUAUCAAGAUGCUCUCCGGUUCCUUAUGUGUCUAGUUGUGAUUGCUGCUGUUGGUUUUAUCUACUCUGUGGUAGUAUUCAAAGUUAAAGGGGCAUCAGUACGAGACAUAGUUGUCAAGUCGAUAAUUGCAAUUACAGUGGCAAUACCUCCCAUUCUUCCAGCAGCAGUGGCAACGGCUCUUAUGUACUCACAAAAGAGGCUUAAGAAAAAGAAGAUCUUUUGUAUCAGCCCUCAAAGAAUUAAUGUUUGUGGACGAGUAAACCUGGUUUGUUUUGAUAAGACAGGCACAUUAACAGAGGACGGCCUUGAUCUCUGGGGUGUUAUUCCAUGUACUGAAAACAGAUUUCAGAAGGUUCACAUGUUUUCAGCUGGAAAAGAUUUGCCCUGGUGCCCUCUACUUGGAGCAAUGGCAAGCUGUCAUUCUUUGUUAAUAUUAGAUGGAAAGAUUCAAGGAGAUCCCCUGGACGUGAAGAUGUUUGAAGGCACAAAUUGGAUCAUAGAAGAUUCAAAUAAAGAGAAUAACCAAAAUGAAGUUUCUACAGAAAAACGUCUCCUACUAAAACCUGAUCCUAGGUGCAGUGCAGUUCCAUUGGAAGGAAUUACCAUUCUGCAACAGUUUCCAUUUUCCUCCAGCCUGCAACGUAUGUCAGUAAUAGCACAGGUUAUCGGAAGCGAGGAGAUAUUCGUAUACAUGAAGGGAGCUCCAGAGAUGGUAACACAAUUUUGCCUUCCAGAAUCAGUACCAGCAAACUUUUCAAAUGAACUUCAGAUGUACACACAACAGGGAUUUCGAGUUAUAGGUCUGGCAUAUAAACUGUUGCAGGUGUGCGACAAUGAAUACAAAGAUAGUUACCUAAGGGAGGAGGUGGAAUGCAGCCUAACAUUUCUUGGCCUUCUCAUAUUAGAAAACCGGUUGAAAACUGAAACCAUCCCAGCAUUAAAUGAGCUGAACAAUGCUUUAAUUAAGACAGUGAUGAUCACAGGAGACAAUCUUCAGACAGCAAUAACCGUUGCAAGAAAUUGUGGCAUUGUACAAAGCCAUGGCAGAGUGAUACUAGCUGAAGCCUCAGAGCCAAAUGGAAGUAUGCCUGCCACCAUUACAUGGAAGGAAGUGGAUACAAAAAUCCAUAAUAUGGAGGAUAACCAAGACAAGAAAAUUGACCCAGAAAAAAACAGUGAAGCUCGGAGACACUUUUCAUAUUAUUUUGCCAUGUCUGGAAAAACGUAUGGAAUUAUAGUUCAGUAUUUCUACAGUUUACUUCCAAAGUUGCUGUUAAAUGGAGCUAUAUUUGCAAGAAUGUCCCCGGGGCAGAAAGCAAACCUUAUAGAAGAAUUUCAGAAAUUAGAUUAUUACGUCGCCAUGUGUGGAGAUGGAGCAAAUGAUUGUGGAGCUUUGAAAAUGGCCCAUGCUGGGAUAUCCCUUUCUGAACAAGAGGCCAGUGUGGCUUCACCUUUUACAUCACAAGCAACAAAUAUUCUCUGUGUGCCACAGCUUAUCAAGGAAGGCAGAGCUGCUCUUGUGUCUUCAUUUGCUGUUUUCAAAUAUGUAACCCUUUACUCUAUGAUACAAUUCAUAUGUAUGCUGCUUCUUUAUUGGGAACUGAAAAUGGUGGGACUUUACCAAUACCUUGUUCAAGAUGUGGGAAUAACCAUACUGGUCUCCUUAACAUUGAGUUUAACUCAUCCCUACCAGAAACUGGCUCCCUAUAGACCUCCAGCACAGCUUAUAUCUCCACCACUGUUGCUCUCAAUUAUCUUCAAUGUUCUUCUUAGCCUGGCCUGUCAAGUUUGUGGCUUUUUAUUGGUACAGAGGCAACCAUGGUACAGCACAUCAAACUACAGAGCCUGUGCACUAACAACUACAAACAUUACCACCGGUGGAUUCAACAACUCAAACACAAACAGUACCGAAAUUGAAGAGAAUACUGAAUUUGAAAACUAUGAAUCUACAACCCUAUGGCCAAUAACAACAAUCAACCUUAUUAUUGUAGCAUUUGUGUUCUCCAAAGGAAAGCCUUUUCGAAAACCAAUCUAUACAAACUAUUUAUUUUUUAUUUUGUUGCCAAUACAGCUAGCUGCCUGCCUUUUCAUCCUUUUUGCUGAUUUAAAAGGUCUUUACAGAGCAUUUCAACUUAUCUGCACUCCCACUAUAUGGAGGAUUUCCAUUCUUAUUAUUUUACUUAUAUGCUUUCUGGUGUCUCUUGCUGUAGAGGAGCUCUUCAUUGAAAAUAGACGCGUCUGGCUACACUUAAAGAAGAUUUUUAAAUACCAUUCAAGCAGCAAGUACAGGGUGUUGUACAGGAUGAUACAAAAUGACUGCGGAUGGCCACCGGUGGAUACAAAACAAUAUGCUGACUCAAGCAAUACAGAAAGCAGUUAUGCCGUCUAUGCCAAUGCAUGCUUUAUAAAGGAUGAGAAUUAAAUUAAACAAUAAUCAGUUAAAGGGGAACUCCACAAAAACAUAACUUAAGCUUUCUGAAAAGUAAACACAAUUUCAAGAAACUUUGCAAUAUAGAUCAAUUAAAAAAUAUGCAGACUUUU